UUAAAAGCUGCCACCGUAUAAAGAAUUUUCUUAAACAAAAUUGAACAAUUUUACUAUUACAGCCAAAUAACUAGAUUAAAGGGUGCGAGACGGGAUUUGUUUAUCCUUUUCACCCAUGCCAUAACACAGUAUGGUUUAACCCGACACUACCAUUCCCGGAUGAGAGCGAGUAUCGUAAAGUCAUUAUCCGUUCUGAAUACUGGAGAAAUCUUGAUUAGCCAACAUUUUUAUUUACCCAAAAACGUCAUUGUGCUCUUAGAUGGCUGUUGAAAUUUCAUGUAUCUGUUACAAUCUUAGGUAUAGUUAACGUUUCACAUCCCUCGUCCAACAAUGGUAUUUUCCAUCAUGGAUGCCACUCGCUGACGUUUAUCCCAAUAUAGUCAGGCGUCAGUUACCCGUCACCAUGAGCGAGCUGAAGGACUGCCCCCCUCUGAAGUACUAUGACUUCAAGCCAGUGGAGCACGUCAAGGUGUGUCCCCGGUACACUGCUGUGCUGGGCCGCUCGGAGGACGACGGCAUUGGAAUCGAGGAGCUGGACACUUUGCAGCUGGAGUUGGAGACGCUCUUGUCCUCGGCCAACCGGCGCCUCCGAGCUCUGGAGGAGCAGAGACAGAUCCUCACAGACUGGCAGGACAAAAAGGGAGACAAGCGGUUCCUGAAGCUGGGGAAAGACCCGGACCCUGCUGCGUCAUCUCGCCACAAACCAAAGAAGCAGAAACUAGAUGGCAAGAGUAGUCAUGCGCCAGGUCCGGGCCCGGGCAGACCAAAAUCCAAAAACCUGCAACCAAAAGUCCAAGAAUAUGAAUUUACAGAUGACACCCAAGACAUUCCCCGCACUCCUAAAAAUGAUGCUCCCAACAGGUUCUGGGCAUCUGUUGAGCCGUACUGUGCUGACAUAACAAACGAAGAGAUCCGGUUGCUGGAGGAACUUCUAAAACCCCCAGAUGAUGAAGCGGAGUACUUUAAAAUUCCAGCUUUAGGGAAACACUACUCACAGCGGUGGGCUCAGGAGGAUCUGCUGGAGGAGCAAAGAGAAGGAGCUCGGGCCAAUGACAAGAAGAAGAGUAUUUUGGGAGGUCCGCUGUCUGAACUUGAUGCAAAAGAUGUGGACUCUUUGCUGAAAAAGUCCGAGUCCCAACACGAGUCUCCAGAAGACGGCUGCCCCUUCGGUCCGCUCACUCAACGUCUGCUCCAGGCUCUCGUGGAGGAGAACAUCAUCUCCCCCAUGGAAGAUUCUCCUAUCCCAGACAUCUCAGGGAAGGAUGCCAAUGAUGGCGCUGGGACCUCUCCUCGAAGCCAAGGAAAAGCUUUUAGUGCUCCUCACACACGCUCUCUGGAAGCUCGGAUCAAAGAGGAGCUGAUCGCUCAGGGACUCCUGGACUCUGAGGAGCGUCCCGGUCCAGGAGGAGACUGCGAGGACGAGGUCCUGGUGGAGCUCCAGAAGAGGCAGGCGGAGCUGAAAGCCCUGAUUGCUCACAACAGAGCUCGCAAGCAGGAGCUGCUCAGGUUGGCAAAAGAGGAGAUGCACAAGCAGGAGCUGAGGCAGAGAGUCAGGGUGUCCGACAACGAGGUCAUGGAGGGAUUUCGGCGAAUCAUGGCAGCCAGACAAAAGAAGCGUACGCCGACCAAGAAGGAGAAAGACCAAGCCUGGAAAGCUCUGAAGGAGCGGGAAAGCAUACUCAAGUUACUGGAUGGAUGAAGAAGACCCAAAAUGGGAGGAAGAAUGUUUCCACUCCAGUCACACACGCUGCUGCAUCUGGAACUCGUGAAGAUGGAGGUCCUUGCAGGCGGCUGAUCAGCAUCUCUCUGGUACUUGGUACUCAAUGGUUCAAUUCGUUAUUCAUCACACUUUUUGUUACAUUGGUUUUUUAUGUUGCCUUUUUUCUUUGCUGUUGUUAUGUCUUGAAAACAGUGUUUGUAUAAAUACCAAUUAAAGGCUGUUGUUGUA